UAAAUAUACUGAUAACACUUACACAUGUCGAUACUGCUACUGUACUUUGCAUAUUAAUAUUAAGUUAGAUUUUCGAACGAUAAGAAGAGAACGCUUUGUUAUUAUGGCAACACGAGAUUUUCCGAGGAUAAAAGCCGUGCGUGCAUAUGUAUCGGAAGCGGCUAAAGGCGACCAGGGAGCCGACUGUCACGAUGUCAAUGACGACCAUUGGAUCAACGGAAGUCCCGUUCCUAUCGCUAACCCAAUGUCGGGCUACGAGCUUUAUCAACAGUACCGGAAGUCAUGGGGAAUAAACGCCAUGGGAACGCUCGUUGUAGAGGUCGAAGCGGACGACGGGACUUCCGGUGUGGGCGUCACGAUCGGCGGAGAGCCCGGAUGUUACAUAGUGGAGAAACACCUCAGCCGAUUCAUUGAAGGUCAGGACCCGCGCAAUGUGGAGCUCCUAAAUGAUCAGAUGUUUCGAUCCACGCUUAACUACGGACGUAAAGGGCUACCGAUUCAAGCCAUAAGCGCCGUGGAUAUUGCGCUCUGGGACCUUCUAGGGAAAUUGAGGAACGAGCCAGUGUAUGCGCUGCUCGGUGGCAAAACGAAGGAACGACUUCCGGUGUACAGCACGACGGCUAGACCGGAUAUAGCUAAGGAGCUCGGGUUCGUGGGAGCAAAGAUACCAUGUCCGUACGGACCUUCGGCGGGAGACGACGGUAUGCGAAAGAACAUCGAGUUUUACAAAGGCUGGCGGGAAAAGGUUGGCGACGAAUUUCCGCUUAGUCUGGAUUGCUACAUGGCGCUCACGGUCCCAUACGCAACUAGGCUAGCUAAGGAGCUCGAACCCUACGGACUGAAAUGGAUGGAGGAGUUUCUGCCGCCGGACGAUUACGAAGGCUACAACGAUGUUCGGGCGAAUCUGAGAGGUUCAAAAGUCCUGCUUACCACAGGAGAGCAUGAAUAUAACAAGUACGGCUUCAAGCAACUGAUCAAUUCACGUUGCGUUGAUAUCGUCCAACCAGAUAUCACGUGGUUGGGUGGAAUCACCGAAGCGAGGCGCGUUGUCGCCAUGGCAGCGGCGCACGACACGUUGGUGAUACCUCACGGCUCCAGCGUGUAUUCAUACCACCUUCAGUACGCCUUUAGCAACUGUCCAGUGGCGGAAUACAUCAACCUGAGCCCCAAAGCGGACAAAAUAGUGCCGUAUUUCGGAGGACUAUUUACGGACGAACCUCUUCCGGCGGAUGGAUUCAUCGAUCUUCCCAACCGGGCCGGUUUUGGCGUCACAUUGUGCAGAGAUACACUGAAACGACCUUACGCACGCAGUGAAGAAGAAUCGAAAAUAAACGCCGAGAAAAAUAAAGCAUACAAAGGCCCGAAGAAAGCGCAUAUGCCGUUCUAACUCUUCGCUCAGCUUGAAACGUGUUUUUCCAAGACCAAGGGAGAUAAAUGUUUACAAUGCGCGUUAUCUUGCUGUAGAAGUACUCUCCCUUGUCAAAAUAUACUUUUCUACGAAAAACCACUCUAUGAACGCAGCGUGACGGGUAGACACUGGCGCAACGAGGGUUCUAAUUGUCUGGCUGUUUAAAUGUUAUUUUAAUGAUGAAAUAUUGCUUCGCCGGCACCCAAAAGUGGCUUAUCAGGCGGUCGGCGACGUGAUUGCGAGGGUGAUAUUAUUGGUAUAUUUUUCCCGUGCGAUAAACGCUUGAUGUAAGAGAACAGAUAAUAAGCACUGUCUCACAACAUACACAAUGUUUACAUAUCUGACAAUAAAUCUUUCGUUCUUUCUCGGGCAGAAAAUCUAUGUAAACAUACAUAACUUUUAUUGAACAAAGUAUUCCCUUAAGUAUGUUCAUGCAAACAAUAUGCAUGAAUUGAUAAACCAUCUGUAUAUGUCUUAAAUACAAAACUUGCGCAAACUGAAUAUUUAAAAUAAAAUAAAGUAAACAUUAAAUAAUUUUGUUUAAAAAAACAUGCGAUUACAUGAUUAUUGACAUGAUAAUAAAUCUAUCAAGUU